AUGGGCGACAAAGAGAUCAGCGGAGAAGUGAUCGGAAUCGACCUAGGCACCACCUUCUCCUGCGUCGCCGUCGCUCGAAAAGGUCACGGCGUCGAAAUCAUAGCCAAUGAUCAAGGCAACCGAGCCACACCUUCCUACGUCGCGUUCUCCCCCGCCACCUCCGCCGGCUCCCAGCGUCUCAUCGGGGAAGCCGCCAAGAAUCAGGCCACUCUCAACCCCCGCCGUACCAUCUUCGACGUCAAGCGACUCAUCGGCAAAAAAUUCGACGACCCAGAAGUCCAAAACGACAUAAAAUACCUGCCCUACCCUGUCGUGGAGAGGGACGGAAAGCCUUGCGUGGAAGUUGAAGUUAACGGCGAGCUGAAAACGUUUACACCUGAAGAGAUAAGCGCCAUGGUGUUGGGGAAGAUGAAGGAGACUGCGGAAUCGUACCUUGGGAAGCAAGUAACCAACGCCGUGGUCACUGUCCCGGCCUACUUCAACGACUCCCAGAGGCAAGCCACCAAAGACGCUGGCAUUAUCGCCGGGCUUAACGUUUUAAGGAUAAUCAACGAGCCGACUGCUGGCGCCCUAGCCUAUGGUGUGAACCAAGAUCCAAACACAAAGAGGAACAUUCUGGUUUAUGAUUUAGGUGGCGGGACGUUCGACGUUAGUGUUUUGGAAAUCGACAAUGGCAUAUUCCAGGUACUUGCCACCGGCGGUGACACGCAUCUCGGCGGGGGAGAUUUCGACCAGAGGGUGAUGGAGCAUUUUGUUCAGCUAAUCAAGAGGAGGUACAAGAAGGACGUUAGUGAAGACCCGAAAGCUACGGGGAAGCUGCGGAGGGAAUGUGAGAGGGCUAAAAGGGUUCUGAGCACUCAGAUCGAAACUAGAGUAGAGAUUGAUUCUCUGUUGCAUGGAAUGGACUUUUCUGAGCCAUUCACAAGGGCUAAGUUUGAGGUUUUGAAUUUGGAUCUGUUUGAGAGGACAAUGAAAGUGGUAAGGUCGACACUGAAAGAUGCAAAGUUGAAGAAGGACAAGAUUGACCAGAUCGUGUUGGUUGGGGGGAGCACCAGAAUCCCCAUGGUGAGGGAGAUGUUGAGGAAGGAGUUCGACGGGAAAGAGCCGAGCAAAGGGAUCAAUCCCGACGAGGCCGUGGCUUAUGGAGCUGCUAUCCUUGGAGCCAAUCUCACUACCGACCGACUAUGUCACUGUUUUCUUCAUACAAAAAUACGUACUGCUGGGAUUAUAGGUGUAAUACUACUCGAUGUUACUCCCUUGAGUUUGGGGGUAGAUGUAUUUGGUGAUUUGAUGUCAGUAGUGGUUCCCAGAAAUACACCCAUUCCUACAAAGAAGUCAGGCUUGUUCACAACUGUUGAAGACCAGCAAGCUAGUAUAAAAUAUAUUGUUUUGCAAGGUGAAAGAACCCUGACUAAAGAUUGCCUCCAGCUCGGAAGUUUUGAACUCAUGGGCAUUCCAUUGGCUCCAAGAGGAGCCGUUUCUGUCGAGGUGACGUUCGAGGUUGAUGCGGAUGGAAUUCUAAGCGUCACAGCCAAGGAGAAAGCAAGUCAGAAUUCUGAGUCCCUUACAAUUGACAACUACAAGAGGAAUUUGAAUGCAAGGGAGAUUGAGAGGAUGAUACGAGAGGCAAGGGAGAUGGCUGAGCACGACAAGAAGGAGGGAGCUCGUGUUGAUGCGAGGAACCAAUUGGAACGUGCCAUUUACGAUUUGAACAAGGCAGUGGCUGAGAAGCUUCAUAUGUAUGAUGGUGAUAGGAGUGCAGUGGAGACCGCGUUGAGUGAGGCUUCAGAAUGGUUUGAUGACAACAAGGAUGCAUGCAUGCAAGAUUAUAAGGACAGAAGGCGAAAGCUGAAAGGCUUGUUGAAGAAGGUUUCACCAGAAUAG